UAUUUUCGUAAGUGGGGAAGCUAAUGCUAAUAAACAAAUGAAUGAGUCCCCCAAAGUCCAGGCAGAAAAUGAGAGACUGCCAUGUUCUUUAGUAAUAAUGCACACCCAAAGGGCCGAAACAGAGACAGAGACUUCAAAUUUCAGGCUUCUCUCUCUGGAAGUUAGUUGCUUUGUCGCCAUUGAAAUACUCACCACAUAAACCUAAGCUCUUUACUUAGUACUCACCAAACAAGUUUUAACACCAUCUGAUCAGCAAGUCUCUAAAAUUAGACUGAUUGAGGAAAAAGGAAAGCACCUUUGAUAAUGUGACUUUACUCCACAUCAAGAUCCCAAUUCCCAACACACCUUGAAAACCCACCUCUCAACAUUCUUCAAACGGAGUUCCCAUUUUUUCCUAGAUCUGGAGAUUUUAUAUUUCUUUCCGGUGGCAGUGUUAUAGGGAGUGUGGUCCUGUUCGAGGUCAAAGAGGUUGUACAGGGAAUGGGAUCCGGUGGGAGCAAGGUUCGUCAUGGCGGGGUUGCCUCUUCCUCGUCGUCGAGCGGGUGGAGGGCUAGAUCGAUGGGGAACAGGGUUUUCCAGUCUUCUUGCCUGGGCGCGCCAUCUGGCUGUCGAGACAGCGACAAUGAGGACCAAGUUUUUGACAAUGGGAACAAAGAAAAUGCUGGCUAUGCUUUGUGUGAAGAACAGACUGAAUCAGACUUGGGGCAUGGGAAAACUGAGUGUUUCACAAAGGAGAAAGCUGAACACUCUGAUGGAAGGUCUUGUAUAUCUUCUAAUGUUGAGCUUGAUCAAUGGGUUCAACCAACCAUUGGUAAUACUUCCUUUAGAAAUGCGAGCAACUCUGCCCAAGCUUCUUCUACUCAUUCCUUGAACCCACCAAGUCGCUUCCUUUCACGCUUUAGUUUCAUUCCAGGUAACAUAAGUUUUAGACUAAGCAGAACAACCAGUUCAAGGUCUUCUGGGUCCUGUUCUCUUCCUAAUACUAGUCUCUCAAUGCGGAAUGGUGGAAAAGAGAUUUGCCAAUCUUCUGGAUCUGAAAGUCUUCAUAGAAAUGAAGCUAAUCCAAUUACUGACUUGCUUCCUCCGUCCUUGAACAAUAAUUCUCAUGGUUUGCAGUUAAAUGGUCCAGUUUAUGAUGUUUUGGAUAAUAUUCCAGGUAACCAGUCAAUUUCUUCCAUCCAAGAGGUGGCGGGGAAUGGUGGUAGUGAGACAGUGGGGGCUAAUAUAAGCUUACAUUCUCCAAGAGUAAUUGGUGAUUUAAAUGACAUUGAGACUAGACUUUCUGAUAGAGGGGUUGGAGCUCGACAACCUGUUGAACGGAAUGUUCAUUUUAGCAGAACCCUUAGUGUCAGAAGGCUUCGUGACAGAGUUCUUCGUCGAUCAUCAUUAUCUGACUUAACAUUUUGCCCAUCAGAACAAAGCAGAGAUUUGAGAGAUGCUAGUCAGGGUACUGAAAGACAGGCCAUGGGUGACGAGACAGCAUUAUCGACAUCUAACGCGAUGUCUCCAACCAUAUCUGGUAAUCAUCCAUCCAAUAUAUCUAACUCUACAUUUAGCACUCAAGAUAAUGAGUUGGAAACCUCACGAUCAAGGGAAGGCCGGUAUCACGAUCUACUGGAACACAGGUCAAAUUUUCUUGAACGGAGAAGAAGAAUACGAUCUCAGGUCCGUGCACUUCAGCGGUUGGGAAGCCGUUUUGAGAAUUUUUCUGGGCAUGAGAGGUCAUGUAUCUUAUCUGGUCAAAACAGAACAGGUCGUUGCACAUGUCGAGUAAGUAAUCGAACUGGCAAUCUCAAUGACGAUACUGGUGCUAGGGCUAGCAUAUCAAGAAUUGUUAUGCUAGCUGAAGCUUUAUUUGAGGUUCUGGAUGAAAUUCACCAGCAAUCAGUGGUUUUAUCAACCCGACCUUCUGUAUCUUCAAUUGGAUCUGUUCCUGCUCCUAAUGAAGUUGUGGAAUCUUUACCUAUCAAAUUGUACACCAAGUUUCAAAAGUGUCAGCUUGAGGAGACUGCACAAUGUUAUAUAUGCCUUGUGGAAUACGAGGAAGGAGACAGCUUGCGGAUAUUGCCAUGUAACCAUGAAUUUCAUAGAGCAUGUAUAGACAAAUGGCUCAAGGAAAUUCACAGGGUUUGUCCGCUUUGUCGUGGGGAUAUUUGCAAAUCCGAGUCACCAUCUGCAGUGGAUUAAGUUUGUCAUUUUUCAGUAUGCUUCUCAAAGAUCAGGGGAACUACCACACCUUAGAAAUAUCAGAGAUACCUCGGGGCAAAUUUGUUUUCGGCCUGUAUGAGCAUUGCUGUUCAAGGUGUCUUGCUUUGAUUGCAUUGCCAGGCCUGAAAUGAUGAUAUCAAUGGACUGAACCUCCACUGACGAUGUUCGCCGACAGAACUUUUGGUUCGAACAGGUCAUGAGGGAUGGGGGCAGCGGCAAUUAGUGAUAUAUGUUUUGACAUUUUACUUUUAUCUAUCUCUGAUACUUGAUACUUGCAGUCCAUUUGUUCAUUAGCUGAAGAAGAAAUCCUGUGUCUGUAGCAGCUAGUGAAAAUGCAUGGAUGAUGAGAGAUGUGGGGAUAUUGUUGGGCUGGGUUUUUGUUUGAGACUGCUGUUUGGUCAUUGGUGUGAGUCUGGCUCAAGCUCGGAUUUAGCUA